UUGCCAAACACACCCUAAUUGUUUCUCUUCCGCGGUUCUGCCUCGUAAAUCCCAAGAUGAACAGAUUACCCACCAGAAUCAGCUCAACAGAGUUUCCAAUCGAAUCCCAAUUUCUAUAUCUAUAUGUCCAUCGCAUGUCGAAACCCUAACCCUAGUUGCCCCAACUUCCUCCAUUCAAAGACAACUGAUUCGGUGUUGAAUCUACACGCAUGGAGAUUCAGUCGAAUCUCAAUUUGUUUGAGAGACGACCCAUCACCAAGUCCAAGGCUCCUGCCGUCAAGUGGUUCAAGGAAUGGGUGCCCCAAGAUGUCGUGGCAACCGGGGGAAAGUGCUUUGUUUUCAAAUGGGUCACAGACGCCAAGUUGAAGGCCAUGAAAGAGAAUUCAAAAGAGCCAGAAGCAGUAGAGCCAGAACCCGAGCCAACUACUGAGGUUCUAUUCCUUUGUAGCUAUGAAGGCUGUGGGAAGACAUUUAUUGAUGCUGGAGCUUUGAGGAAGCAUUCGCAUAUACAUGGAGAGAGACAAUACGUUUGUCAUUAUGAAGGGUGUGGAAAGAAAUUUUUGGAUAGUUCAAAGCUGAAGAGACACUUUCUCAUUCAUACAGGGGAGAGAGAUUUUGUAUGCCCUCAUGAAGGCUGUGGUAAGGCAUUCUCUCUGGAUUUCAACCUAAGGUCGCACAUGAAAACACAUUCACAAGAAAACUAUCACGUAUGCCCAUAUCCAGAUUGUGGCAAGAGGUACGCUCAUGAGUAUAAGUUGAAGAACCACGUUGCAGCCCAUCAUGAAAAGAACAACGUCAAUGUAGAGAUGCCGAAGUACGUCCAGACCGUGCAGUCUCAGCCUCCUGAGAAGCUAGCCAAAACUCCCAAGCCCUCUGCUGCUGCUACUAAUUAUGGGUCCGCAUCUUCUGACCGCCCUUACUGCUGCCCCUAUGAAGGGUGCGAAAAGGCCUAUAUACAUGAAUACAAGCUGAACCUUCAUUUAAGGAGAGAACAUCCAGGCCAUUUUGGCGAUGAAAAUCCUAAGAACACUCCAUCUGCCAUUGACAAUGAUAUGGACGAAGGCAGCGACCAAGAUGCUUACGCUGGAAAAAGGGGAAAUAUCAAGAUUCAGAAACAAAGCAAACCCAAGCCAAAUGUGAAGCUGCCUCCUUCGAAAGUUGCACGCAAGGGCUCAACCUCAUCUCCUGCGAAUUUGAACGUAGUGAAAAAACCGUGGCCGGUUAAGGAAGAGAGAUAUGAAGACGACGAUGAAGAAGACAGUGAGGAGACGGAAGAGGACCGUGACAAUAUCGAGGAUGGAUGGAGGUAUGCAGGUAAUAAUGAGGACGACGAUGAAGAGACCGAGGACGAGGAUUAGGGUCUUCACCUUGGCGAUUUCAGUUUGCACAUCACCCUUGGCCAACUGAACUUUACCGUCUUUGAAAGACAAUGGAUAUAGUUUUCCACACCAUCACUAGUGAUGUGUAGAUUGCGUAGUUUCAUACAUUUAGGUGCCAAUCAUAGGGCCAAAGGUCCAUGUCUCCAUUUUUUUUAAAAAUGUAGUCAUGUUCUAAGUCACUCCGUGCCACAUGAUCAUGCAGGAAUCUCGAGGGGUAUCCCGUGACUACCGAGAGCGACUUAGAACACGAAUAGCGGACAAAUUGUGUAUGGAAGAUCCUUGGUCCAAAUAGCGUGGUUUUCCUACUGUUGAUGAGUGUUUGGUGAGAAUGAAGGUGUUCACUUGCCUCAAUAAUACCAUCGGUGACAUUGUUGCAGGGUUUUCCAGGGAAAUUGACUUUAUGGUCUUUUUA